AUGCGCAACUUGGCUUCAGGAACAUCUGACGAGUUGUCGCCAACAUGUAAUAAGGCGCGCAACAAGCUAGGAUACCAUCGAACGUCGGUCGCGUGCGACAUCUGCCUCCAUACGCAGGAGAAUAUUGGCGACUUCCACCCGCCAUAUCAUGGGGUUUCAGCUUCCGCGCCAAAUACGCUUUACAAAUAUUCCGGCGGACUAGGAAUUGAUCCUAAUCAUACGCCCACUUCAAGUGGAGUACCAGUACAACAUGCAGCCUAUCCAUAUCCUCCUCCGAUAGAGACACAAUGGCUUCCAACAACUUGCUAUCUUCCAUCGUCAACGAUCGCCGAAAGCCCCAAUUCAAACGCAGGACACUGGCGACAGUCUCCGUCAACAGCGAACUCCGUGUACGGAAGCAAGUCGGGCGCCUCCUGCGUGCAUACUCCAGCUACGAUGAGCACAAGCUCAUACGGCCACCCAGAGAGCCACGCGUGGGGUCAGCAACCUCCGUUCCAACCACCACCAACGCAAUCGAUGUCUUACGGCAACAUUGAGGGAGCUCUCCGCUCAGAGGGAUUUGUCAGAGCAUUGACCAGAGCCGCCACCGCAUGUGCCAAGCCUGACUCCGUCUCACAAACCCCCACUGAAUGUGCUUCUUGCAAUUCCACCAGCCAGCCUAUUGUGGAGCGAAGAGCAAGGCGUCUUGGAAGAUGUGCGAACACCCCGAACGGUUUUCAAAGCUUCUUCCGGGCAGCCGUAUCAAUGUCUGGCCCCACUACGAAAACUGAGACGCAUUCUGGGGGUCGGAUGGUCUGA